ACGAGGAUGGGGAGGGGAUGGGUGGUGGAGUUACCGCGAGUCGCCGCAUUCAGUCUUCCCACCUGGACGUCCUGCACAGUCUCUCCGUCCCUCCCUAUGAUACCUGGGAACGUCGAUUGGCCACCCGGGUGGCUCAGUGGUACCAGGUGCCGUUGAAGAAGCGAUUGGAGGCCGGAAAUAAGGUGAGGUCGGGGGCUUAUUAUCAAACCGCUAUAAAAAAACAAUGUAGAAUGGACUCGGGGGAGAGAGUCAGGGCUGUUUUCCCCUAUUUAAGUUGUUUACGUGAGGUUACGUGCCCCCUAAACAGGCCGUAUGAUAGAUGCGCUGGAUCAUGA